GAUUGCAUGGCGCGAGCGAAAAGUGCUGUGUGAAGAGCAGAAUUCAAAGAACAAUUCUACCAAAGUUUAAGCCCCAAACUUUUUUAGGCCCAUUUUUCACUUUUGAGUCCAUCAACUGAAGCAGGGUUUUACAAAGUUUCGUAGAAUCCUAAACCGUUGCCUGUGCAGAACCUACGCAAACCCUAAAAACUUUCCGAUAACGAAAAUGGCCUCCGUCGCCGGAACCGCCGCGAGAUCGAUUUUUCGAUCUUCCUCCAUCUCCCGCUCCGCCUUCCGUCUAGCUUCAGAAGCUAAAUCAGCUCGCACUCCUUUCCGAAUCGCCUCGAACAAACCUAUAUCCCAAUCCGCAUUCAGGUGUCCUGUUGAAUUGAGCUUCUGUAUGGAAUCUAUGUUGCCGUUUCAUUCGGCAACUGCUUCGGCGUUGAUGACUUCGAAGUUAGUUGUUUCUCAACGCAGCUACGCAUGGCUUCCUGAAGAUUGCAAUGAUGAUGUGUGAUAAGUGUUCUGAAGAUCGAAGCAAUCUUUUAUGUACUAUCUACUUCAUGAGAGUGUCUUGUCUGAGCCAUUGGUGGGUUAAAUUGAGUCCUAAAGGCUGAAAGGAACUUUUGAAAAGCUAGACCACUUGUAACUCUGUUGUUUCUUUUCUAGAUUUAUAAAAGCCUACUUUCCACCAUAAUUAUUAGUGUCUAAAGUCAAUAAGCUGAAAUUGUUUCGCAGAGUGUUGGAUAAGUUGUCUUUUUUGUCCAUGUUCUUUUGAAAUUUCUUAUUUAAUCGGCUAGGGAUGUUUUAUGUCUGGUUUA